AUGGCCUUGUCAAUUGUUCGCAUGGUGCGCCUCGCCCUCCUGGGCUUAUUCGCAUUGCUGUCAAUUGCUGCAGCUCUUCCUGUGGAGGAUGUGGCUAUUCGUGCUGUUCCACAGGACCCUAGCACCGAUCCAUUCUACCAGCCUCCUGCUGGCUUUGAAUCUUCAGCUCCUGGAGCAAUUCUGCGCCAGAGAAAGAUCAGUGCUGCGUUCUUCGGCUUUCUUCUCAAUCCUGUGACAGCGUAUCAAGUGUUAUAUCGCACCACUGCUAUCAAUGGCUCGGCAAUUGCAACCGUGACAACGAUCUUCAAGCCGCUCAUUGCUAAGAAUGAUCGGUUUAUCUCUUUCCACACGGCAUACGAUAGCUCGGCGGUCAAGUGCAACCCUAGCUAUAGCUACCAGCUUGGUGCGCCGCAGACUGAUCUGAUCUCUUCGGUGGAGACUCUCAUCAUAGAGGCGUAUCUCCUGCUUGGUUAUACCGUUGCAUCCCCAGACUACGAGGGGCCUGAUGCGGCAUUUGGCCCAGGCCGCCUGGAGGGAAUGGGUGUCUUGGAUGGUAUCCGUGCUGUAAAUAACUUCAAAGACACCCUUGGUCUCAAGAACCCAAUGGUUGUUGGCGUUGGAUAUUCAGGCGGUGCCCUAGCCACCGGCUGGGCUGCAUCCUUACUCUCAAGUUACGCGCCAGAAUUGAACGUCAAGGGCUGGGUGCAGGGUGGUACGCCAUCGAAUCUGACAGGAACUUUGGUUUUCAUUGACGACACGGCUUUUGCUGGCUUCCUUCCUACAGCCGUGGUUGGACUUGCAAAACCCAGUGCCUACGGCGCCGAGCUGAACCCAGUCCUCGAUGGCAUCUUGACAGCCACAGGCCGGGAGAAACUCGAUUUUGCCGCAACACACUGCGCCGUGGAGAAUUUGUUCAGCUUUGGUGAAAUGUCACUGCUAAGCACCGAUAUCCAAAGCCUGGGUCGGGGUCUCCUCGCUGAGCCGACCAUCAAGUCCGUUAUGGACAAGAAUACCAUGGCUGUCAACAAGGCUGAAACCCCAACAGUACCGGUGUUUGUCUAUCAUGCAACCCAAGAUGAGAUUAUUCCGUAUUCCAAUGCGUCGACAAUGGUCAAUUCUUGGUGUGGCUGGAAUGCGAACGUCAAGUUCACAACUUAUGCCAAUGGAGGCCACGCAACGACCGAGCUCAUCGGUCUCCCGGAUGCUCUCCAGUUUGUGACCAAUGCGUUUGCCGGCAAAGUUGCUAGUGGCUGCACUGCAAACACUGAGCUGUCGAGUGUUCUGAAUCCCAUUGCGCUAGGGGUUGCACUUGAGCCACUUCUUCUGAAGCUUGUUGAAGCACUUGCCCACCUUGGUAAGCAGGAUACGAAUGUUAAGAGUGAUACUCAGGUGCUUGCUCAGACUAUUACUACAUAA